AUGAUGUAUCGAUGCUGUUUAAUUGCACUAAUGAUAGCGCACUGUGUGUCAUCGGCGGAUCCGGUGGCGCGUCGGGCCCGCCAGCUGAGAACGGGCGCAGGCGGCGUGUCCGAACAGGACCUCCGAAACAGGAGCCACACUGAGGGCCCUGGGCCCAUCGAGUCCACCGGAAGCCGGGCGCUCGAGCUGGGCGAUUUCGUGACCGACGAGCGACGGGGCGUCAUCAGCGAGACCGCCAUCCAGCCGCUGAUCGAGCAGGACAUCUACGAUGACGAUGACGAUGAGUCCGGGUCACCCGACGACGAUGAAGAUGACGCGCGUACGGUGACGGUGGUGGAAGACCUCGGCGGCGGAAAUGUCAUUAUUCGCGAUGUCCUCCGGGUGGGAGUGGCGCUUCCGGGCAAACUGACAUCUCCGCCAGCGCCAGCGGACUCACUGGAGGCGCUGGUGGAAAAAUCAAUCGCAACGACCUCGAGGUCGAAACCGCACGCCAGCUCCCAGCACCACCGGCCGGAGCUGGGCCAACCGCAAACCCGACGCACAGCAGACGAAAGCCACCAGUCGUCGUCAUCAUCGUUAGAACUAACCGCUAACCCGGCCAGUGAUGGCAUCUUCUUGUCUACGACGGAUUUGGGCGGACUUACCACGGCCGGCGGGGCGAGUGUGCCGGCCAGCAUGGCGAACGUGAAUCUAUCACUUGCAACCCAACGAACCAUCCGAAGGCCAUCCAACGGUGCGCAGGCCGUCGCAUUGAUCCAGAAUUUGGCCGAUGUCAGCACACCGCCCCUGGCAGAGCCGGACCUGCAGGCGUACAACGAAUCUCCCGAGCUGACAUCGAACCGUGGCCAAGGCCACCAACAACCAGCAUCGGAAGCGACCAGCGGCAGCAGCAGUAGCAUAAUGGCGGGUGCGGGGCCACAACGACAACGGACGAUCAAUUCGAUGAACCUUAAUCCGACCACGCCGGCCAUGGUGGUGAAACCGGUCGGCGAGCACCGGAAGCUGCUGAAGAGCACCGGGCCCAUCCUGAACUAUGUAUUCGACCACCAUCCACCGUACUACAAGUCGAACUACUACAACGCUAGGUACGGGCCCCACUUCGAAACCGAUAACGUCACCAACAUCACGGUGCAGAACGGUGAUACACUUUUUCUAAGCUGUAGGAUUAGUUUACUGCAGGAUAAAACGGUGUCCUGGGUCCGACGGAAAAGUGGCGAUACGGCCUUACAGCUGCUCACCGUCGGCCGGCAGACGUACUCGGGCGACUCCCGGUAUCAGAUCGAGUUCCAGUACCCGAACAACUGGCGACUGAAAAUAUCGCAGGCCAACAAAAAUGACGAGGGAGUCUACGAGUGCCAGAUAUCGACGCAUCCGCCAAAAGUUAUUAUUUACUAUCUGCACGUCAACGCUCCCGAGGUGCUCAUCGUCGACGAGGAAGCCGAGCCACUGUACGAUAAGUACUACGAGGUAGGAUCGACGAUAAAGCUGAUGUGCAAAAUCCGGCACAUCUCGAUGCUCCGGUCCGUCGUUUAUUGGAUACACAACGAGAACAUCCUCAACCACGACACGACGCGCGGCGGCAUCAGUGUAAAAACGAAUUUAACCAGUGUCGGUGCCAACUCCACACUGUUCGUAGCAAAGGUCAACCGGCAGGACUCCGGCAGCUACACGUGCUCCAUCGGACCAAACCAACACUACUCCAUCUCCGUGCAUGUGCUCAACGGAACCGCCAAUCCGUACGGAAUCUAUCAGCGAUCGUGUGCCUUCUCCACGAUACUGCAGGCCGUAGAUCUGUGGUUUGUCGUCCGAAGUCUAGUGUUGAUACUGGUGAAACUAUCGUGGAGCAGAUAGUAGUAGUCGGC